AUGAACAAGAUUCGCGCCAUCCAGGCGCUCAACAAGAAGGAAAUAGAGCAUGGAAUCUCCCCCGAUGCAUCCUGGCACGCCGACUACCGCGACACGGCCUUUGUGUACUUUGGCGGACUCCCUUACGAACUCUCCGAAGGCGACGUCAUUACCAUCUUCUCCCAAUUCGGCGAGCCAGUAUUUCUGAAGCUCGCCCGCGACAACGAAACCGGCAAAUCCAAGGGCUUCGGCUGGCUCAAGUAUGAGAACCAACGAAGCACCGACCUGGCCGUGGACAACCUCGGCGGCGCAGAGAUUGGCGGUCGGAUGAUAAGCGUCGACCACGCGCGUUACAAGCCUCGAGAUGACGAAGACCCCGACGAGUUCAAGGUUGGCUGGGAGGACAUGAUGCGCCGGGAAGGCAAGGCUGUGUCCGAGGACGAGAGCAGUGAAGAAGAAGCGCAACGGCCCAUGCUACCCGAAGAACGAGAGCUGGCGAUACUUAUGCGGGAUCACGACGACGACGACCCUAUGAAGGGUUACCUCAUCGAGGAGAAGAAGAAAGAGGUCGAGGAGGCGAAGCAGCUGGCAGACAAGAAGGACCGAAAGCACAAACAUCGGCAUCAUCGAUCGCACAGACAUAGGGCCGAUGAUGAUGCCGAGACCGGCGGCAUAGAAACGGAGACUCGGCUCGGGACAGACACCGCGGCGACUCCCGACCAAGAGAGCGACGGCGACAUAAGAGUGAUGAGGAAGCUGCCUCGGAGCAAAGGCGGGACCGGCAUAGGGACAACAGUCGAGAUGCGGAAAGGGACAGAAGACGGCGUGACAGGCAAGGCUCAGAUGGGCCCAGUCGUGGGAAGCGGCGGGACGAUGAUAUCCACGAAAGGAGACCCAGACGGCGAAGCAGGAGCCGGUCACCGCGGCGGCGCGAAGAUUAGCUCUAACCGCUGUCCAUGUAAUACCAUACUCAUGACCUAA